AUGGCUGGAUUCCUCACUACUGGCGUUGACAAAACACAAUUGCUCUCUGAAGCUAGUGAGGUUUUCUCAGAGAAAACCUUGACACAAAGCAAAUACGCACCUUCAUUCAAAGCUGCUUUCAAGGACCUUACUAAGAUAUAUAAGGAACAAAUAUCCUCAUGGUGGGAGAUUCAAUCUAUCGAGAACUACCUUAAGAAUAAAAUCGGGCCUAGAGGCCUAAGAAUUACUUUAACCCCAGCAGCUAGAUGCAGAUCUGCCUCUUUAAUAAGUAAGUGGGAGGACGAGGCAACUAAAAGUUCCCUGAGAUUCAUGCACCUACUACAUAAAGAAGAAAAAGCUAACUUGGUGAAAUUAGAAAGUAAUUUAAAAGAUCAGAUUGAACAAACACAAAAAUUCGGGGGAGAAGCGGAAUUUGCCAGUAAAGAGCUUCAACUUAAAAAUACUAUUGACAAAUUCCCGUUUCAUCUUAAAGAGCGAAAACAUCGCCAGUUUAAUAGAGACCUGCAGGACUUUCGGGAUAACCGCGUGUAUUUCACAUUGGAUCGCAAUAAUUUACAGAUAAAGCGCCCUGAAACGGAUAUUUCGUCCAGUGACACUGAGGCUUCAGAGAACGAAAGAGAAACGGGCCAGACUUAUAGAGGAAGGGGUUUUUGUGUAUUGCAACAAUCAUCUAUGAUUGCCAAUAAUAUCCAUUACAAUCUAAGCACUGUGGUGGACCAUGGAGAAACAAUCUUAUUUCAGUGUAAUGAAGGAAUGGUGGCAGAAAAUAAACUGGAAGCCAAAUGUGAACUGGGAAAAAUAAACUAUCCAAGAUGUACUGCUGCAGACAUCUGCAAGACUCCAGAAAUCCAAAAUGGAUUCCUCAAAAUUGAACAACAGGCCAGUUAUAACUCCGGUUCGUAUGUGGAAUUUGAGUGCAAUGAAGGUUACGUGAUAGAUGUCGCUAUGAAAGUUAAGUGUGAGAAUGGCCAAUGGAGUAAACUACCAGUAUGUUAUAGUCCAUGUAAAAUCUCCCCAGAAGAUCUCACUAAACAUAACAUUCAGCUACUUUCAUCUAAUGACCCAAAAACUAUUCCUGCUAAAAAUUAUAAACAUGGCACAGAAAUAAGUGUUGCCUGCAAGUCAGGAUUUAGACGACCGACUUUCAUAGAUUUGGUGCUUGAAUGUUAUGAUGGGAAAUUUAGGUAUCCAAGGUGCUUUUCUGGACGUACAUGUCGUAUAGUUCAAGAUGAUCUGGAUGAAAACAACUUGGAAUUAGAUGAAGUGCAUGAUAAUGAAGUAUUCUAUGCCGAAGGUGAAGUAAUCCAGUAUAAAUGUAAGAAUGGAUUUGAAUAUCGUGGUCGACCAACUGGAAUAUGUUCCGAACAAGCAUUGAGCUAUCCAAAAUGUACAG